AUGCUAAAAAAAUAUUCUGGUAUCUCUUUUAAUCAAGAACUUAAUUGUUCUGUGUAUUUAGGAAGAAAAUAUCUUCUUAUUUUUAAAGACAAUACUAAUCCUCUCACAGACAUCCCGUUUAAAGCAAUAGAAAUUGAGAAAAUUAAAAAAAAAGAAAGCUUUGAAAAGAACAAGCCUAUUUCUGGACUAAGGCUUAGCAUGAAAAGUUCUUAUCCAUUCUUCUCUGAAAAAUUUAUUUUAUCAGGAAAUCAAAAUCAAAUUGAUAAUCUUCAAAGUCAAAUAGAUUCUCUUAUUCAAGGAGAAACAAAAAUAUUUUCAUCAUCUCAACUAAAAUUACCUUAA